AGAGCCUCGCUUGGUGCGUGUGUCGUAGCACGGUCCGUGCGUCGUUAUUUUCUAAUUUCUUUUUAUAAUGCCACUCAAAUAUUCCGUCGCGAUUCCGUCCCAGUGUGUGGAAUAAUCCAAAUGUAUGUGAACGUCGAAGAGAAUGAUAUAAAGUAAAUAAUAUUUAAACAACAGUGAGUAAUUGCAAUAAAGUGCAUCGCAUACUUCCUCCUGAAGCGCCCGAUCCUCUCUACUCCAACCGAACUCUGCUCAGGCUCCUUCGCUCUUCCUACUUCAAAAUACGGAGUUAAUUGUUUUAUUUUUUGCCAGUUUAAAGAGAAUCUAUGCGAUCUCAUUCUGUUUUUCGUUUGUAUUCUGGUAUCGCCACUCACCUCUUCGGUCGGCGGCGAUACAGGUGUUUCUUUUCUUUUCCUCCACUCUCAUUUCUACACCUACACUCCACAGUCCACCCCUUUCCUUCCUUCGUUUGAUUGACUAAAACGUGUUUUUUUUUUUCUUUUCUCUCUUACAGACGAACGAUUCGGAAUUCGUUCCUUCCUAUCCUCUAGCAUGUGAUGUCCUCGUCAGUGUUAGGGAAAAAAAUGAUCGGUAAUAAUAGCAAUAAUGAUAAUAAUAUUAACAACGACGACGAAACGCACAGUGCAUCGGAGCUCAAACGGUAGUGGUGAUUAGAAUUUUUACUUCGUUCCCCCAAUGUUGAUAAAAUAAAUUUUAAUGUUCUUUUUACAAAAGACUGUGAAAAAGAAAAUCUCAGUGUGCCAAUGCGGAGGAUAAGAAUUGAAAGGAGUGUUUAUAAUCGAGAUAAUCAACGAUUUAUAUGUAUAUUACAUGCGACGUGUUUAUUUACUCCGAAAUUACCACCGGAGAGCGUAAAGUGUUUGCUGUCAGUUUGUAUAAUAUAACGAUAAAAAUCUGGGCAUUUAGUUUUUCAUUUAUUUCCUUCUUUUUUUUUUACACUACUCGCCCUGUGUCUCAAUGAACUAAACAACAAAAACAAAUAUACGUAUAUAUUUAUAGUCAAAUAAAUAAAAUAGAAUUCCAUUCAUUCGUACAGUCAUCAUCUUUAUUUCCGCUUACCAAGUAGCUUCUCGGCAUCGUAUAGUUAUUUGUUGUCAUCCUGAAAAUUUAAACGCUUUGUGAAGUUUGUGAUCGAGCCAAGAAGACGCCGAAGAAGUAGGAGAAAAUCAGAAGGAGCGAGAAGUCUCAGUGAGAGCCAAUAAAUCGUAACGAGAAAUGGUGAUUCGUCGAAUGCUCCAAGAAUCAAUGAUCGACGAAAAUUCUAAUCUACGUACGUCGUUUGUGCGGUGAUCAAAAAAUUAAUGUGAAUUUGUGUAAUUCGUAUCACCGUACACACCCUAUGCAUCCAUCGAUGAUAAGAUGCUGCCCUUAUCGGAGUUGUGCUUUGUCCAUUGGAUAUGAAACGUGCCAUAAUAUUGAUAAUUAAAAUACACAAACUACCGAUAAAUGUUAUUUAGAAAAUUGAAACAGCACAAGUAAAACCAUCGUACGCGUGACAUAUAAUAACAACAAUAAUAAUUAUAAUGAUAUUAAUGCUGAUAAUGACGAUAUCUGUAUAACCGCGUAAUUUAUAGCGAUGUUGUAUAACUAUAUACACAACAAUAAUACGCUCGUAUAUAAUAAUAAUGAUAAUUUCAUACGCAUAUGUACAUGGGAUUGUUGAGAGUAUAGUGUAAUUGUACAUGUUGUGUGAGUAAGCGACCAAUACGUUUGCGAAUAAUUAUCAGGUGUGUGUGUGUGUGCAGUGAAUGUUUUGUGUGCAUGCAAUUUUAUGCUGCGAUGGGUGAUGACGCUGCAGAUGUCGUAACAACAACUAGUUCGUGGGGGAAAGUUUGUCGUCGAUGAUCGUUGCGGUUAUUGAAAAAUUACGAAAGAAGAGAAGAAAAAACGACAUGCAUACGUCAUAUACAUGUAUAUUGAACGGAAUGAACGCAAACAAAAAGAAUUAACCCGGUAAAAAAAACUAGAAUAAAAGAAAAAAAAUCAAUAAUAUCGUACACUAAGGGUGAAAGGUGAAAGAAGGAUCGAAAUGAGAGCGACGAACAUAUUGUGAUUAUUCAAUACAGUCUGCAUCAGCAGCACGUGCUCAUUCGGAAGGGGUGUGUGCUCCGAAAAGUAAAAAUAAAUGAUAAAAAAAAAAAAAAACUAAUUCAUAAUUUAAUAUAAUAAAAGAAUUUGUAUAAAACAAAGGCGUUGUGGAACCCCUGGGAGAGCGAGGAGUGUAAUCCCGCAUAGAAAAAGAAGAAAGGAAAAAAAAACGAACAAAAGGAAAAACAGGAUAAGGGGAGAGGAAAUAACAGCGGUACACGGUGUGUUUCGUGUGUGAGAUGUCGAUUCGUGUUCGUGGUGGGGUGUACCUGGUUCCCUCGCCAGGUGCGGGGACCAAUGAAAAAUCUGGCAACGCCGUGAAUUCAAACAACGAAAGUAACAAUCACCUGCAGCAACAUCAUCAACAGCAGCACAACAAUCAAGGGAAAACCGUCACCAUUGUCGCUGGUGGACCGCAGAGGAGCAACAGCUUGGAUUAUCUUAAUUUUGAAGAGAAAAGACAGAUAAUUGCAUCUUCUCUUUCCCUCAGCGAUUUCUUGGCACAUGGUCCCGCAGCAGCUGCUGCCGCUGCCAAAGAAGUAGCCGCCAGUACUGUCAUAGCUAAAAAACAAAAUGGUGCUGCACUUCGGACGAACAGUUUGGGAUCGGGUGCUCGGACGCCACCGUUGGAAAGAAAAAGCAAGUUUUCGGCUCUCGGUAGAUUAUUCAAACCUUGGAAGUGGAAACGGAAAAAGAAAUCCGACAAAUUUGAGGCUGCCUCCAGAUCGCUCGAGAGAAAAAUUUCGGUUCGAGCGAAUCGGGAGGAACUUGUACAGAAAGGAAUUCUGCUACCCGAGAGUCCCUCGUCGCCGAUCCCAGAGCAUGGUCCAGCCGGCGAUACAGCCCUCAUUCAACUACCUCCAUCCUCGUUGUCGCAACAGCAACAACAGUUGCAACAACAACUUCAACAGCACCAUCAACAGCAACAACAAUUGCAACAACAACAACAACAACAACAACAACAGCAACAACAACAGCAGCAGCAACAAAACGCCCUGCAUGGUACGCCGGUUUCGACGCCCAAUUCGGGUGGUUCUUCCGUCCAUCAGACACAAAACCAAAAUCAGAGUUCGCAGUCAGGUGCGCCGACACCGACGACCGCGAAUCCACCGUCCAAUAUCAACGGACAACCCACGUCCCAACCGUCCCCAAGACCGUCGCAGCUCAACCCCUCGUCGUUACAGUCGUCGGGGCAGAUCAACGGCAACACGCAAGAGCCGAAGAAGGAAAAGACUGAACAGAGUGCAAAUGGCGCGCUAUCGCCGAGCGGGAAACUCCCGAAUUCCGGUGCCGCGGCACCCGGUGUGGUGCCGGUUUCGACUGCGCCCUGCGCCAGCGAACAACAGAAACCCAAUCGACCCAGCACCCUUGGGGCACCCGGAAAACUCACGAGGAGACUCUUCUGCUACCACAGCGAACACUGUAUGUCGCGACAGUCCCCUCCGAGACAAAAUCGGCAUACCGGUGGCAUGCCAGAUGUCGGUCAUCAAGGUUCGACACCGCCGCCCCAGCAGCAUCAACAACACCAACAACAUCAACAGCACCAACAACAUCAGCAACACCAACAACAGCAGCAACAAUAUCUGCCUCUGCCGCCGCAAAACACGCUCAUGCUCUCCGAACUUCCGGAACCCCCAAUUCCCCUGAGUGAGAUUGGUCCCAUACCACCCCCUCCUAUGUUCAGUUCCCCGAGUCCGACAUUACUCACGAGACAACAACAGCAACAACAACAACAACAACAACAGCAACAACAGCAGCACCAGCAACAGCAGCAUCAGCUCCAACAUCAACAUCAACACCAACAUCAGCAGCAUCAACAUCAACAUCAGCAUCAACACCAGCAUCAACAGGGGACCGGAAGUGGAGUGCACAACGCGGUUCCCCUUGAUCUCUCCGAUUAUGAUUACGAAGAUCAAGAAGACGUCGACGUCGAAGAAGACGACGACGCGGUAUCGAGGUACGCCUACAGGUUCGCCCAGCCGGAUCCUGCCAUCGAUACCUCCAAAGUUGAGGAAAUACCUGCUAAGGAACCAAAGUUUCACGCCAUGCCGCUCAAGAGUGCGCUUAAAAAAAAGGGACCCGGCAGCGGUCCCGGAACCCCUCAAAAUACCCCUACCCAAGAAAACAGACCUCUCACCCUACGCCAGGAGGUCUCUUUUAAUAGUCGACCUGUGCGGUUCGGGCUGGCCCUACCUUGCACGUUGGAAAAUAAAGAAAACGCCAGACCUUACGUUAUUCGCGAGGACACCGACGGUGAUUCCGGGGAUGGACAAGUUCUCUAUCGAGACGACGAGGACGAGGAAAACCGGCUCGCAGCUAAAAUUGCGAGAAAGGAGUCGCUGUCGUUGAAGUUGGCGCUUAGGCCGGACAGACAGGAGCUUAUCAAUCGUAAUAUUCUACAAAUGCAAUCGGACAACGAGCGACAAGAAUCGAAAGAGGCCAUCGGCGCCAGAUUGAUCAGGCGACUAAGCAUGCGGCCAACACAGGAGGAGCUCGAGGAGCGAAAUAUUUUAAAAAAACAAAGUCCUGCGGAGGAAAAGAAGCAGAAAGAAGAAAAAAAGCGGUAUCUACUCAGAAAGCUCAGCUUCAGGCCGACCGUCGAAGAAUUGAAAGAGAAAAAGAUUAUCAGAUUCAACGAUUACAUCGAGGUUACGCAGGCACACGACUACGACAGGAGAGCCGAUAAACCUUGGACACGACUAACGCCAAAGGAUAAAGCAGCCAUUCGUAAGGAACUCAACGAAUUCAAAAGCUCUGAAAUGGCGGUACACGAAGACAGCAGACACCUGACUAGGUUCCAUAGGCCAUGACAAUUGCAAUGUGAAAAGGUGAUAGAGUGUGAUGCAGGUGCGGGUGCGAUUAAAGUGAGUUGGAUGGGCUUAAUCAGCUCCAAGCGCCGUUCAAAUAGGUACGUUAAGACCUUGUAUAAUAGUGAAAAAGAGUACUUGACGUCGUUUCUGACGAUGAUGAAAUCGUCGUUGUCGUCUAGCGCACCUUUUGUAUCACCGGUGUCGGCGAUGAUUGUGAUAGGGUGAUCCAUCCGAAAUAGGCGGUGGGUCGCUCACUGAUUUUUGAAGAUCGAUUCGCACGGGAUUUUACAAUUAUCAACUACACCAUUUCGAAGUCAAAUAUUAGCUGCAUUUUUCUCUUUGGUCAAUAAUUUCAAUAUCCACGGUGAUUCUUGGUCAAAAAGCAAAAGAAUCAUUACGAGCGAAAUUGAAAUAAUUUGAACACCACCCCAUCUGUUUCAUUUGGUUCUAUUGCGACAGUCGAUGUUUGUAAUUGAUAAAAUUAUGAAAUUCACGUGUGAACUGAUCAUUAUGUACGUAAACACCAUUUGCUAGCAAGCUGGCUCUGCGUUGAUAUCUGGUAACGCUAAAAUAUUUGCUUUUUAAGUCAAUGUAAUUGGCUGUACGUAUAAGAGGGCGGUGAUUUCGUUCGGGGUUAACGAACGACUUGAUGUUUCUUGUUUUAUUUUUUAUUUUUAUUUCCUUUUUUCAAAAAUGAAUGUAAACGAACGACACUUGCGUACUGCGAGUUGGUGCAACUGUGCGAACAAAGUCAAUUUGUUGCGUUUUAAUCGAUUGUUAAUUCGAAUGAAUUGUUUUCUUUUAUUGUUUCAUUAUUAUCUCAUGUGAUUGCUGUUCUGCCAGAUAACAUUAAUUGACGGAGCGAUCUUGGAUCGCAAAAGCUUACGGUCUUAUUAUAAAUAUAAUUACUACGGAAAAAAAAAAAAAAAUUAAUACUUUGUGCAAUUGUAUAGUUUGCGCAGGAGUGUAUAGUAUGUAUACAUAUAUAUAUAUAUAUAUACGAUAGUAGCUAUUGUAUCAAUUUCAAGAAUCCUUUAUCAAAAUUACGGAAUUAAAAGAUAAUAAAUAAAAAUGAAAUAAAAUUAACGAAAACUCAAUAACUAUACAUGAUUACCAUGGAAUAUCAAGAAUCGAAGUUAGCCAUUUAAAUAGGUAAAUAUAGUGAAACGAAACGAGAAUGGAUCGCAAGGAAAGAGAAUCCAGGAGUGAAAAAAAGGAAAAACUUUCACUAAAAUCGGGAAACGAAAUAAUGAAAUAUUACUCGUUAGUUGUUGCUAAUUAAAGUACACAUUAUUAGAAAAACUGAGAUUUUUUGUUAUUUUUUUUUCUUUCUUGCAAUAGAUAAACCGUGCCCAAUAUGUAUUGUUAGUAUAAAUGGUGAAAAAAAAUUACAGAUACUUAGCACAAAUCUCGGUAGCAAAUAUUUGCCGAAACAUUGAAAGGUUUGCGCUGUACUUGCGGGUACAUCGUUAUUCCGCGGACUUAUCAUCGUCCGACUUCUGACCACACGAAAAGAUUGGAAACUCACAAUCGGUCAUCUUUCGUUCAAUAUGAUGUACGUUAUCUGCCAAAACAAUGGACUCACAAUGAGUCCCAUUUAAAUAUGGCCGGGCCGCGCACGAACAUGAAAAAAAUUCGACAAUUAUCAAACGUUUCAAUUAUUUUAAAAAGCUCAAGAGAGAAGAAAAUGAUAAAAAAUUCAAACUCAUUUGUAAUAAUAUUCAAUUCAAUCAAUAUAUUUUUCCAAACGAUAACUCCAGCGAUGGGACUACGUCAAAAAAUAGGUAUUGAAAGGAGGCCCAUCCGAAGUCUAGUGAAUAGGAGUCGGUAUUUUUUUAUAGUUAUUAUUCAAUUGAAUAAAAGCGAAAGGAAUAUAAAAAAAGAAAUGAUUAAUAAAUAAACAAAUAAAAAUAAAUCACGUUCGAUUUUCUAACCUUUUCUCUCGUCAGAAUAGUAACGAAUAGUUGUAUAAUCCUUUAAUAAAGUUCGUAUUCAAUGUAGAACGCAAUAAAAAUAGUAUAGGAAGAAAAAAAAAGAAAAAUUUCUCUCGAAAAAAUAAAAGACCGCAAGAAAAAUCAUGGCAAGAAAAAGUUAAAAACAAAAAUAAUAAAUGAAAAAAAGAAACACUUAAUUAAUUUUCUGUAUAUAUCGGAUAUAGGACAAGCUACACCAUACACAUUAUUAUUAUUGUUAUUAUUAUUAUUAUUAUUAUUAUUAUUAAUAUAAUUAUUAUUACAUCCGCAUCUUUUUGUUAUCAUUAUUAAUAUUACGUUUAUUAUUAAUAUCGACAUGAUUACGACGAUUAUUAUUAUUGUCAUUAUUAUUAUAUUCAAAUAGUUAUUUGGUAACUGCGAUAUAACGCUAAAAAAGGAAAAAGAAAAAAAGAAAAAACAUAAUAAUGAUGAUGAAUAAAUAAAAAGAAUUAUGAAUAUAAUAUUAACACUGCGUAAUGAAGUAUGUGCAUUUUCCAGCACAGAAAGUUGGUAUUUUGUGUACAAAAGUUGUUGAACACUUGAUUGUAAUAAUAAUUGGUUGAAAUAAGAAUACGAGAUGAAUUGGUAUAAGCUGCACGUAUUUUGAAAAUUUAUCGGAAAAAAAAAAAACAUUGGCGACAUUAAUCCAACAGUAUUAGUGCAGUGGAUGAAAUUCCACAUUUCGCAUAUAUUUCUCGUUUGUUCGAAACUGCAUAAUAUUGAUGUCUAGCUUUCGAUCUGUGAUCUGGGAAUAUUUGUAAGUAACCCGGAAUAUUAUUUUGUGCCGCCUAAUUGCAAAAUAUGUCAGUGUAAUGAUCAGCAAAAUGUAUUGCAGGGAUAAAUGAAAUGAAAAAUUUAUUACCAGAUCAUAUAAUAUAAAUGUAAAGAACAAAUUUAAUUGUAUUAUAACGGUAUAUUAAUAGAAAAUGAACAGAAACUCGAUCAUUCACAGUACAGUAAACAUAAUAAGAUGAAAAAUGCAGAAAGGUAAGAAAAAAAAAAAUUGAAAAAAAUGAAAGAAAUACUUUUAAGAUAAAUGAAUGUAAUGCAAAUAUUAUAAUAUGAUAUACAUAUAGCUUAAUAAAUAAAAUAAAGCCGCGCUAGGCUUAGAGAUUUUUACCAAAUGACUCCGCUACGCGGGGAAACAGUAAAUAGGAGUAAAUUUAACUCUUUUGUAGGAGAAAUGAUUAUAAAUGAAAUAAACGAAUAAAAUUAAAAAUAAAAUCUAAUUCUUGUCUUGAGCGAGAAUUUUUUCUCUCGAUAGGGGUUUUGACAUAAUAAUAAAAAGAAAGAAAAAAAAAAACAAUCUUGUUACAACGAAAAUGUAAUUACGUUGAACAAUUGUGCUAUUGUUGAAUAACAAUUCGUUUUGUCUAACAUAUCUAGAUUCAAUCCCGUAAUCGAUUUUCACUCGGAAUCGUUUCAAGUUUCCCUCCUAACGCUUAUUAUUAUGAACCUGCGUAUGGUUUUGAAAGUUCGUAUUUUUAAACACUAAAAGAAUAUCUCUAUAAAAAGCAAAAAAAAAAAAAAUAACCCUGGUUAUUCGUUUAUUUUAGAAUUAUUUGAUAUCUUUUUAAAUUUGUCCUAAUCACGUUGUUCUGUUCGUCGUUCUGAUAGUCAUACAUUCGAUUUUUAUUUUAAAUUAUAUUUUACAUCCAUCGCCAGAUAAAUUUUGAUUGAAAUGUGUAUUUCAAGUCACAAAUUGUUAUUUGCUCAGCAACCAAUUGUCAAUAUUCUGUACACGCUGUUGAACAAGAAAAAAAUGUAUUAUAUUAAUGAAGAAGAAGAAGAAGAAAAAGAAGAUGGAGAAUUAAAAAAAAAAAAAAACAACCGUAGUUUUAAGAAUAAUAAUGUAUAUAAUUAUUACUGUAAACUCUAAUGAAUAAUCGAAAAAAGAAGAAAUACACCUUAAUCUUUCGGAAGAACAAGAUUAAAAGAAAAGAGAAAUAACAAAAAUGAAAGAAAUAAAGAAACUUGUUUUUCGAGAUAAUGCAUUUUGUUUUUGUAUGAUUUUGAAAAAUGCUGUGUUAUUUUCGAUUCAAAAUCAUUCUUUUGUUAUUAGUUUAUAUACUAUUACGAUUAAUGCAAUUUAUUAUUAUAUUAUUAUUAAUGAACUACUGUAACAAACAAAGUACUGUUAACUAUUCUUAAAAUAUUAAAACUUUUGUAAACUGAGA